UUAUUACUUUUUGGUGUGCAUUAAAAAAACUUCAUAUAAGCUAAUACUUUUUUAGCUUACAGUCAUUACCAUAUAGUCUUACUCUGUAUGCCCUCUUCUGAGGUUCAGCUGGAAGUUACUGCUGAUUGGACCCUGGGUUUCCGUGUGGACACUUUGGCAGUUUGAAUGUGAGACAAAAGGGAUUGUUUUCUGGAAAAAAGUUUAUCAUUUCACAGAGGCAAAAGAAAACAUCUUUUGGGUGUCUCUCAUGGAUACUAUUGGGGUAGGAACGUUGCUCCUUCUGGUCAUAACCAGCAUUUUCUUGUACCUGACUUGGAACCAAAUGUACAGGAAACAUAACCUUCCUCCAGGUCCAACGCCUCUCCCGCUGAUCGGAAACUUGCUGCAUAUAAAGCUGGGUGACAUGCCAGAAUCACUAAUGAAGCUGAGGGACCAGUAUGGCCCAGUCUAUACGUUGUUCUUUGGCAUGCGACCUGUGGUUUUCAUUUGUGGCUAUCAGGCGGUGAAGGAAGCUCUUGUAGAUUAUGCAGAGAUAUUUGGCGCUCGAGGAAGAGUUGCUUCAAUAGAUAAAUUUACUCAGGGAUAUGGAAUUGGUUUUGCAAAUGGAGAAUGCUGGAAGCAAAUGCGACAGUUCUCAUUUAAGACCCUAAGGGACUUUGGACUUGGGAAGAAAAGCACAGAGUUGAAGAUUCAGGAGGAGGCACAGAAUCUGGUGAAUGAAAUUAAAAAAACAAAUGGUUUACCAAUAGAUCCAUCUAAAAUGAUUAUGGAUGCUGUAUCCAACGUAUUUUUUUUUAUUAUAUUUGGAAACCAAUCUGAGGAUGAGGAUGAGAGAUUUACAGAGAUAGUCAAUUUUACAGGAGAGGUCAUAAGCCUUAUGAGCACAACUUGGGCACAGAUAGAAGACACAUUUCCAGAGCUGAUGAAAUACAUCCCAGGGCCACACAAAAAGAUCAUAGAUGUAUCAGAAGAACUGGUUAAAUGUAUACAAAAGAGAGUGGAGAUCAAUCAAGCAUCAUUAGAUCCUACUUGCCCCAGGGAUUAUAUUGAUUGUUUCCUUAUCAAGAUGGAGCAGGAAAAACGCAAUCCUAACACAGAGUUCACCAUGAAAAAUCUCUUGAUAUCGGUUCACAAUCUACUUCUUGGUGCUACAGGUAGCGUUGGUAUCACACUGAGGCACGCGCUCUUAAUAUUAGGGUCGUAUCCUGAGAUGCAAGGAAAACUUCAUGAGGAAAUUGACCAGGUGAUCGGAAGAAACAGACUUCCACUGCUGUCUGACCGGAGCCAAAUGCCUUAUACAGAAGCCGUGAUCAAUGAAGUCCAGAGAUUUGUUGAUCUUGUUCCACUAAAUGUCACACAUUCAGUGACAAAAGACAUCCAGUUUCAAGGAUAUACUAUCCCCAAGGGCACUGAUGUCUACCCAUUGCUCUGUACUGUUCACCGUGAUCCCAACCAAUUCUCUACACCGUACAAAUUCAACCCCAACCACUUCCUAGAUGAGAAUGGUCAAUUCAAGAAGAAUGAAGCUAUGAUGGCUUUUUCUGCAGGGAAGCGGAGAUGUCCCGGGGAGGGCCUCACAAUCAUAGAACUGUUUCUAUUCCUCACCAUCAUCCUGCAAAGCUUCACCUUAACCUCAGAGAGAAAGAUUACUGAUGACGAUAUUGCCUCUAAAUUAACUGGAUUUCUACAUCACCUCAUGGAUGUUAAAUUCUCCUUUACUGCUCGAUAAUAUUUUUUUCAACUUACAAAAUGUAUUUGAAAAGUUUGCCUAUGAAUGUUAUUUUACUUUGUUGAUGUCUAUGUUCAUCACUAAUGUAUGUAACUAUUGUGGUAAGGUCACUGGAAGAACAGUCUCAAUGGCGUGGUAACUGUAUUUUCAAACAGUUUUAUUCAGAGAAAAACAAACACCUAGAUUACGAGUUUUGCGUUAACAGGGGUGCGGUGCUAACGAGCAGUUUUCCCUCACCUCUCACCUACAGACAACGCUGGUAUUACGGGUUUUUACACACCCGGCGUUAGCCGCAGAAAAGUGAGCGGAGAGCAAAAUUUUGCUCCACAUCUCACCUCAAUACCAGCGCUGCUUACGGUAGCGGUGAGCUGGCAAAACGUGCUCAUGCACGAUUUCCCCAUAGGAAUCAAUGGGGGAGAGCCGGCUGAAAAAAACCUAACACCUGCAAAAAAGCAGCGUUCAGCUCUUAACACAUCCCCAUUAAUUCCUAUGGGGAAACAUUUUUAUGUCUACACCUAACACCCUAACAUGAACCCCGAGUCUAAACACCCCUAAUAUUACACUUAUUAACCCCUAAUUCAAUUAGAUCUUAAAAAUUGGGCAAAGUUACCGCUGUCACUGCGGCAAAAAUUAAUUUGAUAAAAAUGAUUAUAUUACCCAAAUUGCUGUACAUAAUGCAAAAUAUCCCAAUCCCCCUAACAAAACUAGAUCUUAAAUGCUUGGAUAGUUCUAUCAGGCUGUUUGUAUGGGGGACGGGUAAGAAACGAAUUACCUUACAGAAAUUUUCGCAUCCCAGACAAUGUGGAGGUUUAGCACUUCCCAGCUUUUCGACCUAUAAUAAAAUAUGUUUGGCAAAGGUUGCCAUGGAUUGGCUUACUGGAGGGUCGCAUGUUGCUUCUAUCGAAAUAGAGCAAAAAUUGGUCACUCCGUUCAACCUGGUGGCUCUAUUACACUGUCCUAUUAAGGAUAUACCGCACAAGAUUAAAAUUAAAUCUACAAUAUUCCACAUUAUUAAAGCAUGGCAGUUUAUUAGGUCCUCUAUGAAGGACAGCCCACUAAUUUCAGAAUCUGUACCUAUUGUAGGGAAUCCGUGUUUUAUUCCGGGUAUCAGGAACAAUUUAUUUAGUAGAUGGACUACGUCGGGUCUGCAGUACCUAUUACAAUUUAGGGAUCCAGAAACUACUGGGGUAUAUACUUUCGCAGCCUUAAGAACUCGCUACCAGCUUAAAAAUACAGAUUUUUAUGCCUAUUUACAGGUGCGGCACUGGUACACUGAGACCAUCAAAGACCCUGCUAGAGAACAUUUACACCCAGGUAUUAAAAUGGGCCUUGCCCUGUUUAAGGCAGGCAAACACGCCAUCAGCUAUUGGUAUAGGAUGGUGCUUCUCGAGAUCGGGGAAGCGAAUUUAUUAGAUAUUUACUCAAAAUGGAGUAGAGAUAUUCAAACUCUAGAUCCCGAUAAAAUAAAACACAGUACAAUUCUGGUGGAACAUGCUACCUUAUCUGCGUCUUGGCGAGAGUCACACUUCAAAGUCAUAAAUCGUAUUAAUAUAACCCCGGCUAGCCUAAAUAGAUGGUUUGGGAAUUCACUGCAUUUGUGCCCUCGCUGUAGCUCUUUAGAUGCCGACCUGGUCCAUAUGAUUUGGAGAUGUGCAAAGAUUCAACAAUUUUGGCGAAGAAUCCAAUUCUGGCUGAAUAGGGUACUCUCUAUCCAGAUAGUAUUGGAACUGCAACAUAUAAUUUUCCUAAUAGAUCGGAGUGAUCUUGUGGAAUAUGUCCCCAAUAUCGAUUAUAUAAACACAGUAAUUUUGGGAGGGAGAUAUCUCAUUCUGAAAAACUGGAAAUCUACAAGGGCACCAACAAUUAAUAACCUAACCUUAUUGCACUCCCAAUACAUAUUAGAACAACUUGACAGCCUUAACACUGGAACAGAUUUGAAUGUAAGUGGUUAGAAUUUAUCAGAAGAUAUAGAAAUAAUAUAGAAAGAUAGUUGAAAACGCUAAUUUAUUUUUUUAUUUUUUUUCUCUCUUCUUCUCUUUUUCUUUCCCGACUGACCGCCCCCCCCCACCCACAUCCCAACAGGACUGUCCAAUAGGACGUGUUUGGAUAUGGUUAGAACCUAACAGUCGAUGUCACAUCUGGUUUAAUAAACUUUGAUGCAGAAAGUGCUUGGUAGUAAUUUUAUGUUAAUUAAUGAAAUAUUAUAUUGAAAGGCUAUUUGUGUGGCUUAGCUUCCUUAAAAUCAGAGGUUUGCUUUCUUUGUUAUAUAUAAAAAUGUCUGCAACACUCUGUGAUGUAACAGAAUGAGGAGGCUCAUGUGUCACUGUAGAUCAAUUGUUAGGACUACUAUUAUUUUGAUGUAUGGAUCUCUACUGUGUGAACUCUGUUGACAUUUGGUGAUUGUUAUGUAAACCUCAAAUAAAUAAUAAAUAAUCAUAAAAAAAAAAAAAAAAGGAAUCAAUGGGGGAGAGCCGGCUGAAAAAAACCUAACACCUGCAAAAAAGCAGCGUUCAGCUCUUAACACAGCCCCAUUAAUUCCUAUGGGGAAAAAAAAUUAUGUCUACACCUAACACCCUAACAUGAACCCCGAGUCUAAACACCCCUAAUCUUACACUUAUUAACCUCUAAUCUGCCGCCCCCGACAUCCCUGACACCUGCAUAAUAUUAUUAACCCCUAAUCUGCCACUCCGGAUACCGCCGCCACCUACAUUAUACUUCUGAACCCCUAAUCUGCUGCCCCCAACAUCGCCGACACCUACAUUAUAUUUAUUAACCCCUAAUCUGCCGCCCCCAAUGUCGCUGCCACCCACCUACACUUAUUAACACCUAAUCUGCUGCCCCCAACGUCGCCACCACUAUAAUAAAGUUCUUAACCCCUAAACCUAAGUCUAACCCUAACACCCCCUAACUUAAAUAUAAUUUAAAUAAAUCUAAAUAAAAUAACUACAAUUAACUAAGUUAUUCCUAUUUAAAACUAAAUAAUUACCUAUAAAAUAAACCCUAACAUAGCAACAAUAUAACUAAUAGUUACAUUGUAGCUAUCUCAGGGUUAUUUUUAUUUUACAGGCAACUUUGUAUUUAUUUUAACUAGGUACAAUAGUUAUUAAAUCGUUAUUAACUAUUGAAUAGCUACCUAGUUAAAAUAAAGUCAAAUUUACCUGUAAAAUAAAUUCUAACCUAAGUUACAAUUACACCUAACACUACACUAUAAUUUAAUUAAUUACCUAAACUAAAUACAAUUAAAUACAAUUAUCUAAAGUACGAAAAAAAUCAAACACUAAAUUACAGAAAAUAAUAAAAUAAUUACAAGUUUUUUAAACUAAUUACACCUAAUCUAAUCCCUCUAAUAAAAUAAAAAGCCCCCCAAAAUAAUAAAAAGCCCUACCCUAUACUAAAUUACAAAUAGCCCUUAAAAGGGCCUUUUGCGGGGCAUUGCCCCAAAGUAAUCAGCUCUUUUACCUGUAAAAAAUAUAUUUCAUAGUAAAAUUCCUUAAACUGAGUAGGGAGAUAACAUGAUUGUGCCUGCACACCAGAUGGACACUCCCUUGCAAGUCCUGGGACUAGCAUCCUGAUUGGAUGCUUAAAUCCCCUUUAUGAUGAAAUGUCAGGAGAUUUUGAGGUAAAAUAUUUUUUCUUUUUUACAUAGAGAUGUUCCAGGCAACUUUUUACAGCUAAGCUUCACCAUUUUUAAGUGCUUCAACAUUUGUGUAUCAUGUAUGUCCCUUUAAGCGUUGUUCACUGUGUUUAAAGGCACAAAAAAUAAAAAAAGUUAAAAUGCUUAAGAA